AUGAAUAAUUUUUUCCUUGACGGGUGUUACAGCGUGAAGACAGAUAUCCUUCCAGACGGAGCUAAGAGUCAACUCUACAUCGCCAACGUAGGUUCCACAGAUUCCGGUAAUUACAGCUGCUCUCUGGGUGAGGACACCAUGACUUGGGUAUCUGUUGCAGUGAUUACAGGAGAGACACCGGCCGCUAUGCAGCAUGGAUCUGCAGCAACUGCAGCUAAUCUCGGACUACUUACACUGCUAUCUGCUGUCCUGUCUGCAAUCCGCUAA